UAAUCUUUGUCCCAGUCACUGCCACCAUCUUCUGUGAAGUCAGACUAACAGUAUGUAUGUAGCUGUCUAAAAAAUGACAUUGUUCAUCCCUGAUAUGGCUGUUCAUCUGUUUUUGCUCAUCCUCCUUUUCGAUACCUUCCAGUACCUCAAAGCCAAAGAUCUUCCUCAGCCCAGUCUAACAGUGAUUCCUGCAGUCAUCAAAGAGAGAGACUCAGUUCAGCUGAACUGUCAGACUUCUCCACCUGUCUCUGAGUGUUACUUCAAAAUAGAGGGGAAUGUAGAAUUCACCCUUCCAUCACCCUGUCAACAGACACUCACAGGAACACUACUGGUGAGGUGGACAGGUCAGAGUUCCCCAGCUGAGGUCAAAAUACAAUGUCAGUACAGUGCUACAGGUUCACAGUUUAGAUCCAUAUACAGUGAACCUUCAACAGUUACAAUUCAGGACCUUCCUCAGCUGACAGUGAAUUCUACAGUCAUCAGAGAGACAGAAUCAGUUCAGCUGAGUUGUGAGACUCCUCCAUCUCUGCCUGUGUCUCACUGUUACUUCAACAUAGAGGGGGGGAAGAAUCUUCCAGACUCAUUGUGUACUCAGACAAUAACAGGAACUGAGCUGCACAAGAGGUCUGGUCCAACAUUUCCAGCUGUGGUCAAAGUGACGUGUUACUACACUGUAUGGAAGUCUCACACAUCUCCUUUUAGUGACCCUGUCUCAGUCACUGUUCAGGGUAAGUAGGUGGUUUAUAAAAUUAUACACGUCACUGUUAUACCGUAUUAAUUAUGCUCGUUCUGAAAACGAGAUCUUCUGUCGUAUUUCCUAAAUGUCUUCAUUUCACAUAAUGAUAGGAUUUACUGUACUUUGUACAAACAUAAAUGCUGACAUAGUUGAACAUUUUAUUAAUGGAUUUUUCAUACUGUUAGUAUGGAUGGAUUAUCUGUAAUGUUUUUUUUAAAUGCAACGUUCAAAGAGACCCACCUCCUCCCAGGCUGACAGUCAUCAGAGAGAGACUCAGUUCGGCUGAGCUGUCAGACUCCUCCAUCUGGUUCUGUGUGUCAGUGUUACCUAAACCCUCACCCUGUAUGAGGUCACUCACGGGGACUGAGCUGCUCUCGUGGGCAGGUCAAAGUUCAUCUGUUGAGAUCAAACUGAGAUGUUUUUACACAGUAGAAACUCACUAUACAUCGACGCACAGUGGUUCUGUCUCUCUUACUAUUCUUGGUAAGAAAUUAUUAUUCAGAUUGUCUUAAAUGAUUCUGUUUAAAUCACAAUCUCAUCCAAUGUCAUUUCAAAAUGUUUGUUGUGAAGACAUUAAAUCCCUAGAAUAUUUGAAAUGUUUAUGUCAAAAGUAGAGUUCUUAGAUCCCACGCAAACAACCACAGAGGCCAAAGUACAAUCAAAGGUUCUUUAUAAACAUGUAAAUAGUCUGGGAUUUAGGGUUGAAGGCUAACUAGAAGCAACGGGACAAACUAACACAGCGGUUGACUCCCGAUUGGUGGCCAAUGUUCAUUCUGGUCCUUCCGAGCAGGGUUUGUUCGUUCGGUUUUCUCCGAGCAGGAUUAGUUCGGCUCUACCCGAACAGGGUUCGGCUCUUCCUGCUGAGCAGGGAUCGUUAGUCGAUGGCUGGUCUGGUAGUCAAUUGCUGGUUUGGUGUUCAGUGGUAGGUCGCCUUCUGUCCCUUACUCUGCACCGGCCUGGCUGUGUAUUAGAGUUGGGUGUAGCGGCGUCAAGCGUGUCCCCCGUGUCUGUAGUUGUGGGGGACAGAAAACAUACAAUUAGAGCAUGUACUGGCCAACAAUUGGGGUCACACACACGUUCGAAACAAGCACUUUCCUUUAGUAGUGUUAUAAAGAGCUUUGUGAUUUGUGUCUUUCCCACAGCAGGCGACCAGCGGAAACGAGAAGCAAGUCGGUCGAGAUGUCCCUGGUUCAGUUCCUUUUUAACUCUAGUUCUGGGGCGUGUUUAGCAAUUUGUUUAGGGAGGGAGAAGGUGAUAGAGAAUCAUCUCAAUGUCAGUUUAGUCUGUGUUCAUUUUUGGAAUCACAGCACACCAUACAAGCAAGCAAAAUAGUCCAUGCGAAUCAAUUUGAUACACACGUGAGAAUGUAAGGAAUUAAGUGAAAGGCAAUCAUUGUAAAUACACAGCACACAAGAUUAAAUGGCACUCAUAAAUAGGAAUGACAUCAAAUAAGACAUGCUGAUACGUAAUAUAAAGAGAAUAGCAGGCUCUAGUUUAGUAAGAGUGUCACUUGUGACAUACACAUUACAUUCAAAAAGAGUGAUGCAAAAAGGAGUCUCUGUCCUUUCCUAACAGAUCCAAAACCAGACAUUACAA